AUGGCGUUCUCUGCGCCAUUCAGCUCGAGUCUGCCACCUUCAACUCCAGAUAAAUAUUCGAGAUUCUCGAGGAACGCGUCCACGACCCCGGCUGGGCCCCCUCCUUCAACUACCCCGUUAGGGGCCCCUCCAUCCAGUUUAUUUGGGAAUUCGAAGUUGGGAAGUGCCAGGACCAAAUUGAACUUUGGGGUCACUUCAUUUGACCGGUCUAUGGACUCGCAAGUUUCAGAGGAUCUAGGUUUAUCAACAACCUCGUCCAACUUCCCCCUACCACAAGUCAAUGGCCCUCGAUUUGCCUCCCGUAAUACGUUCGACGCUCCGGGCAAUAAAUCUUUUCGGGACUCAGAUACCAACGGGCAUACUGCAGGGUCAAGUCGUGAUUUUGACUCUUACACUGAUGACAUUGAUCAGGAUGAUGACAUGGAAGAUAGUCGUACAGGGUUCCUAGAUUCGCGGUUUAGUGCAUCUGUCAACUCUCCAGCGCACGCUCCUGCUCACAAACCCUUCAUUUACUCCAACCCAGGCCAAGCCAAGCGAGCGAAGCUGGAUGAAACAUGGGCUCAACCACCAACAAGCAAACCCAAAAUAACGCAAAGGAAGAAUGCCUCCGUGUUUCCAUCAAUCGCCCGUGAUCUGGCCUCUAGGUCCCAGAUUGCAAUGGUUAGCGAACCUCAUGAAUUUAUUAUCGAGAGUGAGGAUAUAGUUGGCCGAAUGUACGAUCAGGUCCGGGAAUUUGAGUACGAUGACGACGGUCUUCAACAGGCUCUGUGUGAAAUUUCCAAGGAUCUUUUAGAUUUGUGGGAACGACAUACAACAGCCUCACCUUCGGCACAGAAACACCGCAGGACCUCUAGCAUAGGUCCGGGGGAAUCUGCUCCAAAUAUUGUGAAAGCCAAUUUCCUUGGAUCUCUUCUCCUUCCACUCCAUCACCCCCAACUUCAACAAAAUAGAACCCAUGAAGGAAGCUCACCUGCCCGUCUUGGUACUGUCCGCGCCUUUACGCCUAACAAGCUGAAAGCUAAAACCCCGAUUCCCAAGGUCCUGUUUAACUGGUUAAGUCGCCACCAUAACACACAACUAUCUGACCCCGAUGCCGUUAGGGGCUAUCAACUAAAUCCCACCGCAUCCCCAACAUUCUGGGGUGUCGUUCAAACUUCAAUAUUACGUGGGAAUUUAUCUUCAGCCAUCCAACUUCUCAGCGAUUCAGACUUCAAUUAUGCUAGGUCGGCUAUGGAAGAUGGCCAUGAGCAACCUGGCUACCGAGGGGGCCAGCUCCAAAACAUCCAAAAAUGUGUCAAUAGCGCAAUUCAAUUGCUUAGCGCCUCCCCAGGCGUCCAAAAUAAUGAUUGGGACAUUAAGAGCCUUGACUGGGCUAUGUACCGAAGGCAGAUCACUGCGGCAAUUACCGAACUCGAGAAUCUAGCUGAAGGUCAGAACCGCGGUCCUGAGGCACCGGACCAGUUCCAAGCACCAAAUUUUGGCAUAUUUAACCAACGAAACGCAUCUUCUUUCUCUCAGUCCACCCGAAUGGCUGAGAGCCAAGUUCCUUGGACAAUUUAUCAGAAUUUAAAGACCAUGUAUAACAUCAUGCUUGGAGAUGUCUCCUCGAUCUUAAGCAAAUCACAGGACUGGAUAGAGGCUACGGUUGGCCUUACUGCCUGGUGGGACGGCGCGGACGAUAGUGAUAUUUCUUCUGGAGAAACAAAUCUCAACCGAAGCGUGAUGAAGCGUUCUCAGUCGCAAGCUCCUCGUUCCGUAGAUUCAAAUACAGAGGAAGCAUACUUGCGUCGGUUGGACUAUUCAUUCGCCAACGUAACCGAAAAUUUAGGUGACAAAGGAUUUCAGGUUAAUUCGAUGAACUUCAUGGAGGUGGGCUUGGCUUCAGUUUUUGAAGGUAACAUCGAGGGAGUACUGGAAAUGCUACAAACUUGGUCAGUGCCUAUCGCGUCUGCUGUUGCUGAAGUUGCAAGCUUUGGCGGAUGGCUGGAGACAUCCGUUGGCUCCAAACCAAUGCCUGGUUUCAAUCACAAUGACCUCAUGGUUUUGAGUUACGGCAAAAACGAGAAGCCGCUCCGAAAAGAUGAUAUUCUGAUUAAUUAUGCAAUGGGACUCUUUGAUCGAAAACCACUUGAAUGUCCUACAGGUGCAAGGGAUGGGUGGGAAGUUGCGCUCGAGGUUCUGAGUCGUCUUGAUGACCAAGAGAUCAUGAAGACUAAAGUUACAGAGCUACUUGACCGUGUUCCUCUUGAAACAUCUGAGCAUAUGGAUAAGGUUGUUCUGCUUUGUGCAGAACUUGGAUUCAAUGAUGAAGGCCGCAAGGUUUCUGAGCGAUAUGGAGAUAAGAUAGCAGAGUCAUCCGAAGAAUACGGAACAGCCCUUAUAUGUUAUGCAAGAGCCCAUAGUUACAAAAAGGUAAAGAACGUCGUCGACCUUCUCACAUCCUUUUGCCUUGUCCGAUCCACCGCAUAUCCGCCGGCAUCUGAGCUCGAUGAUCAACUUCGAUCUCUUCUUCACAACCCAGGAGCCGCGUUAUCCGCAAUUGCAGCUGUUGACCAAGAGGCGGCUGGCAUGCUCCAGUUCUAUUUCUGCGGAUAUGCCGCUGUGAGGCGCUUCUAUGACAUUCGUGACGAAGAGGUUCAUUGUCAAAAAAGGGGACAACCAAAAUAUCGCCCUCUGGCCAGAAAACGAGCCGCAGCUGAAACUCUUGUUGCGGUCAUCCGCAGUGCAGCCGACAGCAUCUACGGUGGAUUAUACGAUGGGGAAAGGAAGACAUCAGUUCAAGUUGAUGGGCUGUUGGUACUGUUGGGGGAAGCUCUUGUGUUCUUAGAUGAACCCAAUCGAUUCCUCACAACCGACCACUUAUUAACUGUCCUCGCCGCUGUGGAAGAUCUCCAAUCGGUCACAUCGCGCGUUUAUGACCAGUGCGAGAUGUGUCUACAAUCUACCCUCUACCACCAUUUCAACUACGACGACAUAGCGAACACAUCAUUUGGUGAUGAAUCUGUCCGAUCUCCAGUAUCGUCCUUUGCCAGUCCACCACGCAAUCUACUUAAAAAAUCAGUUUCAUCGCUGACUGCAGUCAGCGGCUUUUCUCUCAUCGGCAGUGAAAUGCUCGAAUCCCAAAGUCGUCAACAGGACGGCGGGCGAACAUCCGUUGAAAAUUCGGGUGUACUUAUUCCCCGCCCAAAUUCGAAGCAAGGUGCAGCUAAAGUAAAGAGAGGUUGGGAUUGGAGAACGAGAAUUAACAGAGAUGUCAAAGGGGAGGAUAUCCUGAGGAUCUUGAGGCUUCAGAUCGCUAAGGGAUUGAGUUUUGGUGCUCUGGCGUCUUGA